CCUUAUGUCAAAGCCUCGUUCUGGUGCGACUAUGGCACCAACUUGCACAUUGGGCGUACUACAUUCAUCAACCGUGGCUGCAUGAUCCUCGACACUCCUGUCCAACCAAUACGGAUUGGUGAGAAGUGUCUGUUCGGCCCCGAAGUACACAUUUACGCCGUGUCUCAUGCAGAGGAUCGAGAGGAGGUCAAUAGUCCAAGCUAUGGGAAACAGGUCACCAUUGGAGAUCGCUGCUGGAUUGGCGGAAGGGCCACCAUUUUAGGAGGAGUGAGCAUUGGAGAUGGUUGCAUUAUUGGCGCUGGCAGUGUCGUCACAAAGAGCGUCCCAGCGGGGCAUAUUGCCUAUGGAACUCCUGCCCGCGUCUAUCGCAAGGUCUCGACGUCUGACCAGAAACGAAGUCCGCCACCUCUAACAAGCGGCAUACCUGUUGACGAAAGCAGCUUUUCGAAUGACGACCUCGGUUAUGCUAGUCUUGCCGCUGCCAUUGCGCUUGUACUCGAUGGGUUUUUGAAUCCCGGAUCGUACAUUAUGUUGGACGAUACCCAGCAUUCUCUCGGCCCUAGCUUUCCGUGGCUUAUCGGUCGGCUCAGAUUUGCCUUUGCAGCGAUUAUCUAUCUCACCUUAUUUUUCUUUACCAUCCGGAUGUACAGACUCCUCUGGUCGUAA